AUGGAGCUCAGCGAAUGCCCCACGAACGUAAUAGCCUGUAGCAACUUCGCUUCUGUUCAGUACGAAUAUUUCGAGUCGCAAACAGGUUCUCCGGGGGUCACCAAGCAACAUCUUCAGAGAAUCGAAAGAGGAUGGAGGCACGAGGGAAAACUUGUGCAUUAUGAUUCUAGCAGGGAAGGCAUCUGGAUGUUCCAGACAGGCGGAGAUACCGGACCCCUGAUCAAGCAUUCCGAUCAAUGCGAUGUUGACAUACAAGGGCUUGGGAUUUUUCAAAAAGACAAAGGAACAUACGAACCCGCCAGUCUUGCCAGGAGCAGCAAACAAGCCUCAAAUGCUAUAACCACACCCAAUACGAGCUCUUCGCCAUCUUCGUCUUCGCUGGAAAAUGCACUUCGAAAUGUGCAAGCUCUUAAUGCGAGGUCUGUCCAGACAAAUUCCAACCUUGGCCUGACCCAAGAGUCGUCAACUCCGUCUCCUGGAGCCAAGACGGUCUUCGUUUCCCUCAAGGAUAUACAUGAGUAUUUCAUAUCUUCAGUGCUAAGCUCAAUUGUCUACUUUCUCUGCCACGACCAUGACUUUAUCCCUCUGAACUCGCGGACUUUGAUCAUGCCUUCAUCUGAGUCUUUAGAGCCGGGUGUCGGGCUUGGAAAUGGCAUUGAGCUUGCUACCUUGGAUAUUAGUCUUACUUCAUUGGGCGUACUCGUAAUCAAGGCACAUACUGAUACAGCACCUGGUCUUCAAACAUCGGUCAAUACUUUGAUACCAGGUAAACCUCCAGCUGCCGUGUCCCUAGGUGCUGCUCUGUGGCUUGCACCUAGUGGAAGUGCUGCCAGACUCUACAGUGUUCCGGAUGAUAAGCCGCUACCUGGUAACUUGCCAGUUUCUCAAAUUCAGGAGGUCGAUUCACGACUUAAUGGCAUUGAUACUCUCACCAUCACAUCAUGGAAAUCAAAGUGUCUGGAAUGGUUAUCCACCAUGGGCCUGGAAUCAAAAACUCUUGAGGCCAGUGGCUGGCUCUAUGUCCAGAUUAUUGGCGGCCAUCUUCCAUAUUUUAAUGCCGACACCCAAGCGAUACCGAUGCUGGAGGAGUUGGCUAUUGUUCCUUGGCCAGCCAUAUUGUGUUUUCAGACCUCAAGCACCGAAACCCAAGACUCCAAUAUCUGGAUAUCAGGCUCUUUUUCUUACCGUGAUCCCCUGUUAUUUGCAGAGGAGUGGUUCACAUCCAGGGAGGAGAGAGCUGCGACUGUAUCCAAGCGACAGAAAGAAAGACAAGCUCAUGCGGAUGCUUUGUUAAGAGAACAGGCAGACACCGACGCUCGUGCUCUACAAUCUCACACCUACUAUCCAGCUGCUUUGCGCAGAAGCAGCAAUGCUGGUGCAAUGUAUCCGACCCCACCAGAUGCACCGCAACCUCACAUUGGGGCCACACCAUCUUUUGAUGGUAAUGUUUCUACCCCGGGAAAUCAGAGCCAUGCUGUUGCUCAUGAUACAAGUGGUAUUCAACCUUCGAAUCCUAUUGCGGCGGACGUCGACACUGACAUGUGGGCUGCCUCAGGCAAGAGGCAGCGGAUGAGUUCGGGAAAUACGUACAACGAUAACGACAACGACAACGAUAACGAUAAUGAGAAUGACAACAGCAACCUCUUUGGUGACCUCGGCGGCGAUAUGUUUGGGACACAUAUCACAGAUGAUGACUUCAACUUCUUCGAUGAGCCUGAUCUUGACGAAUUCGACCAUAAGACCCUCUUACCGCCACCUGGAAAACUACCAGACGUACAGAAUGUAGUGCCAUUAGCAAAAAAAUCUUUUCUCAACGAUACAAUGGAGACUUUGGGACCUGUCGUUUCUGAGAUGUCUCUUAAGGCCCAAGAUGAUAGGUUGUUGGAGCAGAAGCAUGAGCCAAACACAAAGGAGCUGAAAGAAAGAAAACCGCAAAUAUCAAUCCCAGACCAUGCCAACUUUAAGGUAGAAACUGCGACUUUACCUCCGCCUUCUAUCAAUCUCCCAUUCAACAAAGAGAUUAUUUUCCAUCGAUUGGCACAAGAAUCGAUAGUGUCAAGGUCGCACGAACAGCCCAGGCGGAAGAGUGUUUUCAAUCAGGUUUAUUUCGAGGACUCGCUCCAAUCGGUCAAUGAAAAGUAUGGCCCUCGGGGCCAGUUCAACUUCACUCUCCAGAGAAAAAGUCCCGUGGAAAAUCUCGUUGAUGGGCUUCCGCAGACGGCUUAUUUUACCAGUAGGCGGAAGACCCACGAGAAAAUUGUUGAAGUGAGUAAAAUCGCCCAGAUAUUGGGCGAGAAAGAGACCUGUAAUUCUCCAAAGAUAGACGACCCCAUGGAAUAUCUUACAGCUUCUGUUGGAGGGAGUCCAAUAUCCGAACAGGACGACAGUAGCCAUACUACAGAGGAACCUUUGACUUCACCCACCCUUGGCCUCAAGCGUAAAUGGGAGGGCGAUGACAAGGAUGAUAUAACAUCGACCUUCGAUGCUCUCGCAAUGGAGUUUGAGCAUUCUGCUGGUACUCCUCAGUCAGUAGGCGGCUCACAAAUGCAUCUCCUCGAUGCUGACCCUGCAGCUUGGGCAUUGAAUACCUAUUUCUCUUCUCCAGAGCCUGCUACGGAACCCAAUACGCUCUCCGACUUGGAGUGCAUUGCAGGGGCACAGGUUCUCGCUGAUCAGGCUAUUUCAGGGACACUCCGUCUGCCCGGCUCAGCUACCAAUGAGCCAGCCAUUUCUCUGGACAUGACCUUCACCACGAGGCAGCUUAUUCAUCGCCUUUCGAAAGCCGCAAAGUCAUGUCUGAAAGAUGGAACAACAUGCACAUUGCGUUCUUUCUUGGAUAUCCAAGGCAUACCUGCUUUAAAUCAGGCACUUCGUCUACCCCCGCGCCCGAUGUCGAUCCCACGAGCACCUAUAGAUUCCCGACCAAACAACAUAUUUCCCAUACCUCCUCCGCAAAUCGAGGUCCGCCGAUCAGAGUCGAAAUUGUCUAUUCUCCCCGCCUCGGUGCCCUUCUGGGAGAAUCUAGGCCUCGCCCCUUCGACAGGCACAAAAGAUGUAGAUGCUGUUUGUGUGUAUCCGAACUUCGAGGGUCUAGCUGCGAAUGCUACCACGUUCCUCGAUCAGAUGAGAAGUGUUUAUGAAUCCUCGAGAUUCGGUAUUCAUGACAGGCUCGUAACUAAGGAUAUAGGUAACGGCCUCCUGCCUUAUACUAUUGAUUUGACGUCGCAGAACAGAAUGCAGCAUUUGACCUCUCUCAUGGAGACGGCCGCACGACUAAGCAAGAACUUCGCGUCUUCACCAGUCAGCGAAAAGAACUUCGUGGUCUAUUUCGUGUAUCCAAUUGAUAAUAGUGUACUUUUAGUCCAUAUCUGCUCUGCUUUUCAGCAUCUGUUCAACCUCUACCGGAAAGCGCUCUCCGAAAGACGCGCGAAUGCCGCCAAUGAGUUGGUCCUUCAACUGGUUCCGUUGGACUUUAUCGCAUCACCGACCUCUAUGGCUAUUCCCUUGCCUUCGAAAUGUUUUCAGUUGUCUAUGGAGGUAUACGACCGAUGCAUGGACUUCGCAUCGUCGUCGUCAUCUCCUGCUAUCGUUCUAGAGCAACCGUUACCCCGAACCAUCGACUUUAAGAUAAACACGAAUCCAUCAGCGUCCUUGCUUCACGAGAACACCUGCCUACACAUUGCAUAUGCUCAUAGCAUCGACGAUAGAUGGAUCACUGCUGCAUGGACCGAUAAUCGAGGAACUCGACAGAUGACGGCAUCUUAUUGUCUAGGGAGGAGAUGCGAACCUGUUACAACGCCAUUCGUGGAUAUCGCCAAUGAGAUAUGGCAGACUACACUCCAAGUCAUCUCAGGCAGAAAGAUCCACUGGCGAAUAUUUAUCGCAAAAAUUGGGGUUAUGGAUGCUUCCGAGCUAGAUUUUUGGACCGGACUUGCAUCGACUGAAUCAAACGCUCAGAUCAGCUUGACGCUGGUGACAGUUCAAACUGAUCCUUCACUACGACUGCUGCCACCAUAUGUCACUUUAGCACCAAACGGCACUGCGGCGCAAUCGGUCCUCACUCCAGUCUCGACUCCACAGGCUUUACAAUCAUCAACUGGCUCGCCAGACAAUGCAUCGACACCAGUUCGUGGGGGAGUAGGCACUGGACCACCCGCAGAGUCUUCAGUCGAACCUGACAGCGAUGCACGACUGAUCGAUCACACCGAUCAAAGCUGGGGAGCCAUUCUCUCCCACCGCCUGAACAACUCAAACUCGCUGAUGGAGGUCAACCCAGCACUCAUUAGUGGAUAUCUCCUAAAACGCGGGGGGGUGAAUAUUGAUGAUCCUCCUAUUAUAAUGGAGGUCAACAUUUUGCAUAGCGAGGUCGUUGGAAAUCCAAGGACAUUCCACGAGUCUCUUUUGCGAGAAUUACUUGGGUAUUACAGGGGGCUUGGGACCAUCGCUCGAACGAGAGGGCUGGUUGAUGCAGUGAAAGAUGUAAGACCUUGGCAUAUUGCUGCAGCGGAAAAGGCGGUCAAAGCUUUGUACAUGUCGAUGUGA